ACAACCCCUCCUUCCCCCAAUUCCUCAGGUUAAUUGGUGUAAUUAGAAAAUCCCGAUAACAGAGCACCUGAGAGGCCAUGGGAUGGAAGCUGAUGGCCAUCUCUUUGUUAUCCUAAAUGCACAACACGUGUCCUCAAAGGGCUGCGAAGUGUGAGGAUAAAAGCCAGAGCUGCUGCCUUUGUUCCCUCCCUCGGGAGGGGAGCGGGUUUGUAGACAACCAGCACCAAAAAGAAAGGAUGUGAAGGGGUUAGAGGAGAAAGAUACCACAAAGAAAGGCUUCAGACCGUACACUGGGCGCAAAGAGUCGUUCUGCUCAGCAAACCUGCGUUCAGGACUCUGCCAGCAAACAGCUUACAGCCAGCGAGCAGCAGGAAGGUCUUCCCCCUUGCAGCCGGGAAGCUCAAGUGUUUGUGCCUUGAAGACAUGGACUGAUCAGAUGUCUCAGAAGAGUAUGAAUUAACAGCCUGAAUGCGUUCUGCCUGCAACCAAUGAAGGUGCAGCAUGUAUUCCUUGUUACAUCUGGGCACUGCCGUGCAUUUUAGCACCCUGACAUAUCCUGUGGAAACAUGGCUGUUUCUGGGAGGUUCUUUAUCAGCAUGAUCUCCACAUGUUAAUUUCUUGUCUUUAUUAAUUUUAGUCUAUAAAUCUAAAUAUGAUAAGUCCUAAUGUUAUUUUGGAACUUCACACACCUUUCUUUAACUGGCAGAAACAUUUGUCUUCUGCUCACACGGUCUACUUCCUACAUAGAGCUUUAAUGGUUUCCCUGGGGGUGUGGAGAUAAAACCUGAGUAAGGCAAAUGAAUUAUUUUGCUAGGUAACAUCAUUUUAAUGUGGAACUCGGGAGGAAUGGCCAGGAAAUUUACUUAUGGUGAGUGGGUUGGAGGUAACAACUCUAAAUGCUUGUGCAGAUCAGGAAUGGAGCAGACAAUGCAGAAAAAAUCUUCUUGGACAUAAUUAGAUUACUUGAGAUUGGUGACACGGUUAGCUCCUCUAUAGAACAUGAAGUAUGCUUUAGAUAAUUAAUGAAUUAGAUAUUGGUUUUACUAGGAAUGGCAUGCUGAUGUUGGUAACUAUGUUUCUUGUCCUACAGUACAGCCAUUUCACAAGACUUGCUCCCAUUCCAGUUGCUGUGUUCUGCUCUGGUUUCACAUCAUGUGCAGAUCUCCCAGCAGACUGACAGAAGCAGACGUGAAUUCAUGAUGAGGAGCACGCAGCACGCUAGGCUGAACAGCCAUGACAGCUGAAAAGACUAUUCCUAUAAUUAACGGCAAGCCAGAAGAUGUUUUGGAUCCAGAAGCUUCAAGUACCAACCUCGUCCACAGCAAUGAUAAGAAAGUUCAUGAAAGAGGUCACUGGAACAAUAAGGUUGAAUUUGUGCUUUCUGUGGCAGGGGAGAUUAUUGGGUUGGGAAAUGUAUGGAGAUUCCCAUAUCUUUGCUACAAGAAUGGAGGAGGUGCUUUCCUCAUCCCAUAUGUGGUUUUCUUUAUUUGCUGUGGGAUACCAGUUUUUUUCCUGGAGACAGCCUUGGGACAGUUUACUAGUGAAGGAGGCAUUACGUGCUGGAGGAAAGUUUGCCCUUUGUUUGAAGGCAUUGGAUAUGCUACCCAAGUUAUAGAGGCACAUCUAAAUGUAUAUUACAUCAUUAUUUUAGCAUGGGCUAUCUUCUAUCUGUUUAACUGCUUUACUACAGAGCUUCCCUGGGCUACAUGUGGGCACGAAUGGAAUACAGAAAACUGUGUGGAAUUUCAAAAACUUAAUAUGAGCAACUGCAGUCAAAUCUCUUUGCAAAAUGCUACAUCUCCGGUGAUGGAAUUCUGGGAACGCAGGGUGCUAGCCAUAUCUGAUGGCAUUGAACAUAUUGGGAAUCUUCGCUGGGAACUUGCACUGUGCCUCCUCGCUGCUUGGACUAUCUGCUAUUUUUGCAUUUGGAAAGGAACAAAGUCAACUGGGAAGGUUGUAUAUGUAACAGCCACAUUCCCCUAUAUCAUGCUGAUGAUUCUUCUGAUUCGAGGGGUAACGUUGCCAGGUGCUUCCGAAGGGAUAAAAUUCUAUUUGUAUCCUGACAUUUCCCGACUGUCUGACCCACAGGUUUGGGUGGAUGCUGGUACACAGAUAUUUUUCUCUUAUGCGAUAUGCCUUGGGUGCCUGACAGCCCUGGGAAGUUACAACAACUAUAAUAAUAACUGCUACAGAGACUGCAUCAUGCUCUGCUGCUUGAACAGUGGCACAAGCUUUGUUGCUGGUUUUGCUAUCUUUUCAGUGCUUGGAUUUAUGGCUUAUGAACAAGGUGUUCCCAUUGCAGAAGUUGCAGAAUCAGGACCAGGACUAGCAUUCAUUGCUUAUCCUAAAGCUGUUACCAUGAUGCCUCUUUCUCCUCUGUGGGCAACUCUGUUCUUCAUGAUGCUCAUCUUCCUUGGACUAGAUAGUCAGUUCGUGUGUGUUGAAAGCCUUGUGACAGCUGUUGUAGAUAUGUAUCCAAAGAUUUUCCGAAGGGGCUACAGAAGAGAACUGUUGAUUCUUGGCCUUUCCAUUGUGUCGUAUUUCAUUGGUCUAAUAAUGUUAACUGAGGGUGGAAUGUACGUCUUUCAGUUAUUCGACUCCUAUGCAGCUAGUGGCAUGUGCCUUCUUUUUGUUGCCAUAUUUGAAUGUGUCUGCAUAGGCUGGGUUUAUGGCAGCAAUCGCUUUUAUGAUAACAUUGAGGAUAUGAUUGGGUAUAAACCCCUGUCAUUGAUUAAGUGGUGCUGGAUGGUCUUAACUCCAGGUAUUUGUGCAGGGAUCUUCAUUUUUUUCCUGGUGAAAUACAAGCCUUUGAAGUAUAACAAUGUAUAUACAUAUCCUGACUGGGGCUAUGGCAUAGGGUGGCUGAUGGCUCUCUCUUCCAUGAUUUGUAUCCCUUUGUGGAUCUGCAUUAAGUUCUGGAAGGCAGAAGGCACUUUCAUAGAGAAAUUCAGGAAGUUGAUUACACCUAGCUUGGAUCUGAAGAUGAGAGGGAAACUUGGAGGAAGAUCCUACAUUGCAGCAAUAAAUGACUGCGAUGCCAAACUGAAAGGAGAUGGCACCAUUUCAGCCAUUACGGAAAAGGAGACACAUUUCUGA